AUGGGUUCAAAUGGUUGCUCGUCAAAAAUCAUAGAUCUGGACGUUGGUGGUGGCGGAAAUCAUAGAUCUAAACAUGAGCUUGCAUAUUUGGAAGACAAAAUGACAGAUCUAGAGUAUUUGAGUCCAUAUUUGAGAUCAGUGGAGUCCAAAGUGGAGUUUAAAGGUGGAUCUGAAUCCAAAAACCUUGACUGCUCUUCAUUCCGACGACGAAAAGCAUCAGAUGACAACGAUGGUAGGCAGCAUGUGGUGGAGGUAAGUGGCAGAGGUGGUGUUGGGUUUUCUGUUUUGAGAGAGUUUGAGAGGUUUUAG